CAGCAGUACGUGCAGCCUCUGGAGUGUCCUGUCCUGAGCAACUUCUGCAAGGAACUGACUGGAAUAUCCCAAGUAAUCCACUACCAAUUGGUGUAGGCCCAGGUGGACGGAGGAGUUCCUCUACCUACAUGUCUCUACCUGUUUGGGAGGUGGGUGAGGUCUCUGAGGGAGGAGAGGGGGGUGUGUCUCAUGGAGCCCGGACAGGGGUACAGCAGCUGCGAUGACAACCUGUGUGCUCUCGCCACGUGGUCUGACUGGGAUCUGGGGGUGUGUCUUCAGUACGAGUGUCGGCGGAAGCAGAUCAGGAAACCUGCCUACUUUGACCAGUGGAUCGACCUGAGACUUGUCUACAAACAGUUCUACGAUCGGAGGCCAUCGGGACUGUCUGGUAGUCUGGAGGACCUGGGGAUAGCAUUUACUGGCAGAGAGCACUGCGGUUUUGAGACAUUUGCACCAAACCCCUCUCAAAGGACACACCUGACGAUUGGAUGACGCACGAAACACUGCUAAACUCUGCUAUCGUUUGGUCAAGGACGGGUGCAACCUGAACAUCACAAAGAGCCUAUGGAAAAAAGCAGCAGCUCCACUCAUCAGAGCUCCAGACCUGUCGAAAGAGGCCGAGAGGAAAAUGGAGGAAUCAACGGCUCAGAAACAAGAAAACCAGCCGUCUUUGAAUGCCCUCAACCCGGUCACAACAAUUGAGGAAAGUCCGACUCUAGGAGACGAGGAGAAUACCAGUCAAAAUGCUUCACUUGAGUCACCCAGUGGUGCCCAGCUACAUAAAAUAACAGCAGAAGAGGGGCAGGUAAAAACAAGUCCAAGUGACGAAAGCUUCCUGAACGGAAUUGCCCACGAGUUUGAUGAACUUGAGAAGAACAACUUUUCAGAAGUGCCAACCACCACCCAAUGCACCCAUGCAGACAAGUGCAGUUCGAUCAAAUCACUCAACAUUUCAAAGGCCUGCCCCAAAGCCAACAGCACACCAUCGAGAUCAAACUUUCUCUCCCACAUUUUACCAGUCACGCUCCUCCCUCCACAUAACACUCACGAGAUAACCACCGCUAAUCUAUCCACACAUCAGCAACACACGUCUGCCUGUACAUCAGUACCUCGCCUCUUACAAUCACCUUCACUCACACACACGCCAAAAACCCCGACUCCACUUCUAGUACAGCAACAACCUCCACUUCCACCUACCACUAUCGAUACCAGUAUGCCUCACAGAGACGCUAACAGUAGUACAACCAAGCAAAUGGAGAGGAGGUCCAGUUUUCGAACUCCAUCAACCACAAAGUGG